CGGGCGGCGGAAAAGCCGGUGUCUUCCCGCGCGGGCGGCCGGAGCCGUUCCAUUGCCGGCAUGGCGGGAGGGUUCCUGUUGGAGAUCAGGCGGGGGACGCAGAGCGCCUUGCUGGUUAUCCGCGAGGCCGACCCCACGAGCUCGGCGCUGGACGUCUCGGUGGCUGCCGACUGCCUGGCGGUGAGGAGCGGCGGGCGCUCGGUGGCGGCGGCGGCGCUGCCGGCAGAGGUCAGGCUGGCCCCGUCCUCCACCCGCGGCCUGCGCCGCCUCCCCGGCGACGGCCUCCACCUGCGCAUGCGCCUGCGCCUGCGCCGCCCGGCGUCGCCGCCCGCCGAUUUGGCUCAUACUUUGAGGGAAAGUCUGAAACCCCAGAAGAGUUAUGUCUUUUACUGUCAAUCCUGUGGUGACAUCAUAGUAAAAGACCGGAAAUUUCUCAGAGUUCUUCCUCUACCAAGUGAAAACUGGAGUGCUUUGGUUGAUGAGUGGUGUUGUCAUCCUAACCCCUUUGCCAGAAGCACUUUGCACCCUCAGCAGGAUGACUGUUUUCUUGGGGACACUUUUUUUCUGUUGAAUUCAGAAAAUGAAUCACACGUGCCUGAAUCUCCCAUGUGCUGCUCAGAGACUGGACACUAUGCUUCUCAGAGUGGCUCCAACUUGAAAUCAAAGGAAAAUACCAGAGUAAUUUGUAAGCGCUGCAGGACAAUGCUGGGAGAAACAGUAUCAGCAGAUACCGUUAAAUAUUAUGUUACCGAGGUGAUUAUUCGACCAUCUGAGGAAAGCUUCAGCCCAACACCAAGGUCUCAAUUCGUACAGAGGAUGGUUGCUCAGUGUCUUGUGGAAUUGUCCUCUGCUAAAAGCACGUUUAGAUUUGCUGUAAAAGGAGAUGAUGGAAAAAUCUAUAUUCUGAUAUGGCUUUUAAAUUCUGACACGUUGCUCGUGGAGUCUUUAGGAAGUUCCUCCUCCCACAGUAUUUUUACACUGUUUGGAGAUAUUUUCAUGCCUAACUCUGGACCAGUGGGGACCUGGAGUGCUGUCAAAGUCCUUUACCAGCCGUGCAUUAAAAGCAGGAAUAAGGACCUCGCUGAUGCAUGGGAAGAUGACAUUGGAGUUCAUCCUUUAAAGCUUCCAUCAGAAACGUGUAUGGAAUUACUGCUGAUACUGGGUUUGAGUACCAUCUCUCUGCCACCUUCACUUCGAUGCAUGAACUCUUUUCAGCACAGUGAACAGAAAAUGUCCUGUAUAUUGAAUUCUUAUGAUGAUAUAUGGGGCUGUUCAGCACAUUCUCUCUCGCUGCUGUUGUUGUGGGAAACCAAGCAUUUUACUUCACGCAUCAAGACACUAUUCGUAAGACCACAGACUGUAACAAGAGUUUUCAGAGUUAAGUAGAUCACGGUUUUGUUUUUACUUUUACAGUUGCAUGAAAUUGAAAGAAGAUUGUGAUUAAGAACUGCUGAGCAGUUUCAAAAUUUUGUUUGAAAUAGCCCUUUAUAUUCUUUGUGGCUGCACCCGAUGCCACUGGUAGCUUAUCAGCGUACUGACCCCUUUGGUUAAGAGAAGUAGAGCCAGUGUUAAAGAAAAAACAAAAAGUGUUCAUUCUGUUGCUGCAGUAAGCAUUCCUAGAGGUGUCUCUGAAGGAAAAACUCAUUGGCAGUUACUUUGCUUCUGAAAAAGAGAGGGGGAAAAAAAAAAAAAGUUGGUCAUAGAGCAGUCUGUGAAGUUCUCUAUCAUUUAAAGUCUUUUAAUCAAGUGCAGAAAACUUCCUAAAAGUGAGAGGUUUAGAGAUAUAAAGUAGCAAGUUGCUCAGAAAACAUAAGAAUGAAUAAAUACAGUAUUCAUUAUAGUUUAAUGACUCUAGUAUAUGAGUAUCAAAAGUACCCAAAAGACUCAUGGAAGGCAAAAUAUAAAAUUACUGCUGUCUCUCUGGUUUACACAUGGUCUGAACUAAAGUGUGCCUUGAUAUUCAGUGAUUCAGUGUUUUUUAAUAUUGAUACUUUUA